AUGACCGUUGUCAAUUUUGCUUCAUCCCUUAAUUACGAGAUAACUUCCUUUUCCCCCAAAUACUUUGCUGUUUAUUUCCUUUUUUUCUCUAACUAUCUCCCUCUUGAAUGCCUUUCCCUUAGUUCUGUUUCUUUUCUCUUUUUUCCUCUCUUUUUUUCUUCUUUCUUCCUUUCCUUUCUUUUAUUUCUUAUGUUUCCGUUAAUUUUAUUAUCUAUCUAUCUAUCUAUCUAUCUAUCUAUAAAAGGCAGGAUGUGUGUCUCUUCCAUUUUUUUCCAUAUUCUUUUUCAAUCGCUUAUUUUGUUUUGUUUUUCUCUUUUACAUUAUUUUCGUUCGAUUUUUUUCAUUACAUUCAACCUUUUCCUUUGUUUUCAUUCCAUUUCCUUCUCAACGUUCAUGUUUUAUUCCUUCUUUCUCGUUUUCAUUCUAUUUGAUCGUCCAUUUAAUUUCUUCUCUUGUAGGAUAUUUUCAUUCGAUUUCUUUCAUUUAAUUCAAGCUUUUUCUUCUUUUUCAUUUCUUUUCAGUCUCUAUGCUGAUAUCUUAUUCAUGCAUUCUAAUUUUUCAUUCGUUGAAUUCUUGUCGUUUUCAUUCUUUCUCUUAUGCAUUAUUUUUCGUUCAUUUAUUUCCGUUUGA